AAAUUGGCGCGUGAGAUUUUGGGGAGUUUGCGUUUGUUGUGUUGGCGCGUGUUUGUCCAACGCCAUCAUAAGUCGUCCAUUUUGUUGGUUUGUUUUGUGCAACGCCGGUUUUGUUUGAAAUCCAUCGAAUUUCGUCGAAAAUGAGCCGCCGCUCAGAAACCACAACGAAAGUUUUCGUGGGCAGUCUGCCCAACGGAGUAACCACCGACGACUUGCGUGCCCUUUUCGCCCCCUAUGGGGCAAUCGCCGAAUGCGACAUCGCAAAUCGGUGCGGUUUCCUCCACCUCGAAGACCACGACUUGGCCAUGAAAGCGAUUGCGGAACUCAACGGUACCAAUUUCAUGGGUGGGCGUAUUUCCGUUGAGAAGGGGCGGGUGAAACCCCGACGGGGUCCCGGGGGCGGCGGACCGAUGCGCGGGGGCAAAGACCGAGGCGGGCCUUAUGCACGGGGCGAUUUCCGCGGGCCGCCGCACAGAAACGGGGGGUUUGGUGGUGGGCGGGAUUAUCCGCCUUACGGGGGCGGGGACAGAUUUGGGGGGUAUGAUCGGCCGCCACAGCGGGGCGGGUAUGAUGGGGGGUACGGUGACAGGAGACCGCCGUAUGAUGAUCGUCGGGGGGCUGGGUUUGGGGCCGAGAGGAGACCCUUCAGUAAUGACUUUGAUCGACGUCCGUAUGGGGACGCCCGUCCUGGGGGCUUCCCAGAGGUUCCACGAGUCGAUUAUGACGAUAGACGCCCCCCAGCUGGGGAAUUCGACGAUCGAAGGCCGUUGUUGAAUGACAGGAGGCCACUUUUGGACCAGCAAGGGCCACCACCGCCAAGGGGGCCCGCGGGUUUUGAUAGAGGCGCCCCCGUUCCAGAGUUGUACAGUCGAAGGGACCAAGUACCUAAACCAAUGGGCGGGGCUGGGGGUUUCCCCGAUCGUGGCGGUUACGGAACGGCGUCGGCCAAUGGUUAUACAGCCGGGUACGGUAGUCCAGCGGCUCCGCCUACUGGCGGUUACGGAACACCGGCUCCUCCAACCGCAGGCUAUGGUACCGGGGCGGGGACUUUCGGUAGUCCCGCCCCUCAAGGCGGAUACAACGAUGCUAGAGGUUACGGAACGGCAGCUGCGUAUGGGACACCGGGCGGUUACGGUGACACCUACGGGGCGGGUGCUGGAGGGCGUGGCUCAUACGAUGCCGCCUAUCCGCCACUACCCCAACAAAGAGGAGGGAAGUUUUGGUCCAAGAUUUGAGUUUUGCCUAAUUUGAAGAUAAAAUAUAUAAUAUAAUAGAUUUUUUACUAUAAAAUAUUGUACAAAAUAUAUUUGAUGGUGUUUUCACUCUAUAUAAGGUAAUCUGGCGUUGCGUUUGGAGCGACUUCUGAGUGCGGUGCGUCUUUUAAAAACUGAAACGAAACGAUAGACUCACUAGAUUUAGUCAUAAUUUUUUUCUUUAGUUUCUGGAACAGUGCGGAAUUUGGCCAAAUUUGGGUAAAUUUUUCGGUGCGUUAGGAGUGUGACUGGUGCGCCUUAUAUAGAUUGGAAAUGGAGCAUUCGUCUACCUGAUUUUGCAAAAUAGAUUAGUGUUUAUUUCUUGUUAAAUUAGAUUAGUUUCAAGUCCGGUUGGGUAGACCGUCGAUUGUGUUAUUAAAGCCAUGAGUGUGAAAGGAGAAAAAACGCAAUUUGGGCGCUCUAUAUUCUUAUAAUUGCGGCAGCGGAAGGUUUACAACACGAACGACAAAGCGGUAGAGUGACACGAUUAAGAAAUCUGCGUAUUUUCUCUAUUUUUCGACACAAUUCUAGAUUAACCAAAUUUGCGUUUACACCUAGAUUUUAAUCAUACGAAUUCCUUUUUGUGUAUUAUGUAUAGUUGGCAUGAAAUAAGUAUAAUAAAAAAUGUUUUUUUUUCUUUUA